AUGGAGCAUCUUUCUCUUCCAGAAGCACAACUACUUUAUGCAAUUUAUAAGCUGGAGCAUGAUGGUAGGCUAAAGCUAGACGACAAAAAGAAAUUAUAUUAUUUUUAGCUGAAAAGUAAUUAGAAUUUUUCAUUAAUUAUAAUAAAGGCUAUUUUUUUAAUAAUGAAUUCAGAUAAGUAAAAUAUAAAACAAAUGGUUAUCUCACAGGAUGAAAAAAUCUUUUCCUUACUUGACCAAUAUAAAGAAGACCAAAAUGAAGCUAGUUUAUUACAAGACAUGCUUAAGAUUGUCAAACCUAUAAGACAUAAACCUGAAACUGUAGCCAUUCCUCCCAGAGUUCAAACAACUGAAGACAGCAGUCCGCUCGGCAAAUUUUUAUGUGAACAGAAAAAGAGACAAAGUGCAGAGCAUGGAUUAACAUUAUCACUAUACAAAAUGGCUGACGAAGUUGAAGAAAUGCCGCCUGUGGAGGAGAUGCCAGAGAUGCCUAUGCAAGAAAUGCGGCUUAAUUUUUAG